UCAGAUCCCUCAGAUCAGCUACGCAUCCACAGCCCCGGAGCUGAGCGACGACCGCCGCUACGACUUCUUCUCGCGCGUGGUUCCUCCAGACAGCUUCCAGGCGCAGGCCAUGGUGGACAUCGUUAAGGCCAUGGGCUGGAACUACGUCUCCACGGUGGCGUCGGAGGGCAGCUACGGCGAGAAGGGGGUGGAGGCCUUCAUGCAACUCUCCAGAGAGGCAGGUGGAAUCUGCAUCGCUCAGUCCCUGAAGAUUCCCCACGAACACAAACCGUCGGACUUUGACAAAAUCAUCCGGCAGCUGCUGGACACCCGCUACGCCAGAACCGUGGUUCUGUUCGCCUCCGACGAGGACAUCAGAGGAAUCCUGAACGCCUCGAAGCGGGCCGAUCAGGUCGGACACUUCCUGUGGAUCGGCUCCGACAGCUGGGGGUCCAAGAACAGCCCCAUCCACCAGCUGGAGGACGCCGCCGUGGGCGCCAUCACCAUCCUGCCCAAGAGGGCCACCAUCAGCGGCUUCGACGCCUACUUCAUGUCGCGGACCCUGGAGAACAACCGGAGGAACGUCUGGUUCGCCGAGUACUGGGAGGAGAACUUCAACUGCAAGCUGAUGAGCUCCUCCAAGAAGGACGACAGCAGCAGGAAGUGCACAGGUCAGGAGCGGAUCGGCGUCGACUCCAAGUACGAGCAGGAGGGCAAGGUGCAGUUUGUGAUCGACGCCGUGUACGCCAUGGCGCACGCGCUGCACAACAUGCAGCGGGACCUGUGUCCCGACGUGUCGGGCAUCUGCCUGGAGAUGGAGCUGGCCGGCGGGAAGAAACUGCUCAAGUACAUCCGCAGCGUCAGCUUCAACGGAAGUGCUGGCACUUCGGUGACGUUCAACAGAAAUGGAGACGCUCCGGGUCGCUACGACCUGUUCCAGUACCAGCGGAGCAACGGAACCGGGUCGGUAUACAGAGCGGUGGGACAGUGGACCGAGACGCUGCAGCUCAAUAUGGAGGACCUGCGGUGGCCCCGGGGCGAGCAGGACGUCCCCAUCUCGGUGUGCAGCCUGCCCUGCAGGGCCGGGGAGAGGAAGAAGGUGGUGAAGGGCAUGCCGUGCUGCUGGCACUGUGAGCCCUGCGACGGAUACCAGUUCCAGGCCGACGAGUUCAGCUGCAAGCUCUGCGCCUACAACAUGCGGCCCGGCGCCAACCGGACCUCCUGCCGGCCCAUACCCAUCAUCAAGCUGGAGUGGCACUCGCCCUGGGCGGUCAUCCCCGUGUUGCUGGCCAUGCUGGGCAUCAUCGCCACCAUCUUCGUCAUGGCGACCUUCGUGCGCUACAACGACACGCCGAUCGUCCGGGCGUCGGGCCGGGAGCUGAGCUACGUCCUCCUGACCGGAAUAUUUCUGUGCUACAUCAUCACCUUCCUGAUGAUCGCCAAGCCGGACGUGGGCGUGUGCUCGUUCCGGCGGGUCUUCCUGGGUCUGGGGAUGUGCAUCAGCUACGCCGCGCUGCUCACCAAGACCAACCGCAUCUACCGCAUCUUCGAGCAGGGCAAGAAGUCUGUGACAACGCCGCGGCUGAUCAGCCCCACCUCCCAGCUGGCCAUCGCCUUCAGCCUCAUCUCCGUGCAGCUGCUGGGGGUUCUGGUCUGGUUCGGGGUGGACCCGCCCAACACCGUGGUGGACUUCGACGAGCAGAGGACCAUCGACCCCGAGCUGGCGCGGGGCGUGUUGAAAUGUGACAUCACAGAUCUGCAGAUCAUCUGCUCGUUGGGAUACAGCAUCUUGCUGAUGGUGACGUGUACUGUUUACGCCAUCAAGACCCGGGGCGUCCCGGAGAACUUUAACGAGGCCAAGCCCAUCGGCUUCACCAUGUACACCACCUGCAUCGUGUGGCUGGCCUUCAUCCCCAUCUUCUUCGGCACGGCUCAGUCUGCAGAGAAGCUCUACAUCCAGACCUCCACCCUCACCGUCUCCAUGAACCUGAGCGCCUCCGUCGCCCUUGGCCUGCUCUACGUGCCCAAGGUCUACGUCAUCAUCUUCCACCCGGAGCUCAACGUCCAGAAGAGGAAGCGCUCCUUCAAGGCCGUGGUCACCGCCGCCACCAUGUCGUCCCGGCUGUCCCACAAGGCCGCCGACCGGCCCAACGGCGAGGCCAAGACGGAGCUGUGCGAGAACCUGGAGCCCAACAGUGAGUCUGGCGGCUCCGGCCGGCCCGCGACCCUCAUGUUUAUCACCCGCAUGGUCGUUAUUAAUUAUUGAUUUGUGUGACGUUCCAACGUUGCCGUCCAAAUCAUGGUGGAAGAAGAAACUGGACUCGCGUCGUUGAUUCCUGAGGGAAACAGGAAGUCAGGGCUCAGUAAUUCUCCGUUUAGCUCUGAGCGCUUCGUCACCGGAGGAACGCUGAAGCCAGGAGAGCAAACCAGGCUGCUCUGGUCUCAGCAUGGCCCGGCCCGCAUGCUGCAUGGUCCAACGGGUCGCUCCUGGUUCUGGUUUGGUUCUGUUCAGACCCAAUUAAAGAAGCAAACAUAUUUUAUCAUCCUGUUUAGCUCAGACUGAGCACAGAAACAAAAACCAAACAAUCUGUGGGAACAACAAACCUCAACCAGCAGGAGGUCAGGAUGGAUUUAGAUAAAAAGUCAUGAAGCCUC